AUGACCCCGCCCCAUUCUCCCUCUUUCCAUCACACCGCCCAAUUCUCCCGCUUUCCAUCACCCCGCCCCAUUCUCCCGCUUUCCAUCACCCGCCCCAUUCUCCCUCUUUUCGUCACCCGCCCCAUUCUCCCGCUUUCCAUCACCCCACCCUAUUCUCCCUCUUUCCAUGACCCCGCCCCAUUCGCCCUCUUUCCAUCACCCCGCCCCAUUCUCCCGCAUUCCAUCACCCCGCCCCAUUCUCCCGCUUUCCAUCACCCCGCCCCAUUCUCCCUCUUUCCGUCACCCCACCCCAUUCUCCCUCUUUCCAUAACCCCACCCGAUUCUCCCGCUUUCCAUUACCCCGCCCCAUUCUCCCUCUUUCCAUCACCCCGCCCCAUUCUCCCGCUUUCCAUCACCCCGCCCCAUUCUCCCUCCCUCCAUCACCCCGCCCCAUUCUCCCACUUUCCAUCACCCCGCCCCAUUCUCCCUCCCUCCAUCACCCCGCCCCCUUCUCCCACUUUCCAUCGCCCCGCCCCAUUCUCCCGCUUUCCAUCACCCCGCCCUAUUCUCCCGCUAUCCAUCACCCCGCCCCAUUCUCCCGCUUUCCAUCACCCCACCCCAUUCUCCCGCUUUCCAUCACCCCGCCCCAUUCUCCUGCUUUCCAUCACCCCGCCCGAUUCUCCUGCUUUCCAUCACCACACCCCAUUCUCCCUCUUUCCAUCACCCCGCCCCAUUCUCCCGCUUUCCAUCACCCCGCCCCAUUCUCCCUCCUUGCAUCACCCCGCCCCAUUCUCCUGCUUUCGAUCACCCGCCCCAUUCUCCCGCUUUCCAUCACCUACCCCAUUCUCCCUCCUUCCAUCACCCCAUCCCAUUCUCCCUCUUUCCAUCACCCUGCCCCAUUCUCCCUCUUUCCAUCACCCCGCCCAAUUCUCCCGCUUUCCAUCACCACGCCCCAUUCUCCCGCUUUCCAUCACCCCGCCCCAUUCUCCCUCUUUCCUCUCCCGCUUUCCAUCACCCCACCCCAUUCUCCCGCUUUCCAUCACCCCGCCCAAUUCUCCCGCUAUCCAUCAACCCGCCCCAUUCUUCCGCUUUCCAUCAUCACGCCCCAUUCUCCCGCUUUCCAUCACCCCGCCCGAUUCUCCCGCUUUCCAUCACCUUCCCCCAUUCUCCCGCUUUCCAUCAUCCCGCCCCAUUCUCCCGCUUUCCAUCACCCCGCCCCAUUCUCCCGCUUUCCAUCAACCGCCCCAUUCUCCCGCUUUCUAUCACCCGCCCCAUUCUCCCGCUUUGCAUCACCCCGCCCCAUUCUCCCUCUUUCCAUCACCCCGCCCCAUUCUCCCUCUUUCCAUCACCCCGCCCCAUUCUCCCGCUUUCCAUCACCCCGCCCCAUUCUCCCGCUUUCCAUCACCCCGCCUCAUUCUCCCUCUUUCUGUCACCCGGCCCCAUUCUCCCUCUUUCCAUAACCCCGCCCCAUUCUCCCGCUUUCCAUCACCCCGCCCCAUUCUCUCGCUUUCCAUCACCCCGCCCCAUUCUCCCGCUUUCCAUCACCCUGCCCUAUUCUCCCGCUUUCCAUCACCCCGCCCCAUUCUUCCGCUUUUCAUCACCACGCCCAAUUCUCCCACUAUCCAUCACCCCGCCCCAUUCUCUCACAUUCCAUCAUCACGCCCCAUUCUCCCGCUUUCCAUCACCCCGCCCCAUUCUCCCGCUUUCCAUCACCCGGCCCCAUUCUCCCUCCUUCCAUCACCCCGCCCCAUUCUCUUUCCUUCCAUCACUCCGCCCCAUUCUCCUGCUUUCCAUCACCCCAACCUAUUCUCCCGCUUUCCAUCACCCCGCCCCAUUCUCCCACAUUCCAUCACCCUGCCCUUAUUCUCCCUCCUUCCAUCACCCCGCCCCAUUCUCCCUCUUUCCAUCACCCCGCCCCAUUCUCCCUCCUUCCAUCACCCUGCCCCAUUCUCCCUCCUUCUAUCACCCCGCCCCAUUCUCCCUCCUUCCAUCACCCCGCCCCAUUUUCCCGCUUUCCAUCACCCCGCCCCAUUCUUCCUCCUUCCAUCACCCCGCUCGAUUGGCCCUCCUUCCAUCACUUCGGCCCAUUCUCCCUCCUUCCAUUACCCCGCCCCAUUCUCCCGCUUUCUAUCACCCUGCCCCAUUCUCCCGCUUUUCAUCACCCCGCCUCAUUCUCCCUCCUUCCAUCAUCCCGCCCCAUUCUCCCUCCCUCCAUCACCCCGCCCCAUUCUCCUGCUUUCCAUCGCCCCGCCUCAUUCUCCCGCUUUCUAUCACCCCACCCUAUUCUCCCGCUUUCCAUCACCCCGCCCCAUUCUACCGCUUUCCAUCACCCUGCCCCAUUCUCCCGCUUUCCACCACCCCGCCCCGUUCUCCUGGUUUCCAUCGACCGGCCCCAUUCUCCCGCUUUCCAUCACCCCGCCCCAUUCUCCCGCUUUCCAUCACCCCGCCCUAUUCUCCCUCCUUCCAUCUACCCGGUCCAUUCUCCCUCCUUCCAUCAUCCCGCACCAUUCUCCCUCCUUCCAUCACCCCGCCCCAUUCUCCCUCCUUCCAUCACCCCGCCCCAUUCUCUAUGGGGUUCCCUAG